ACAGCGUUCGUGUUCUUUUUCGGCCUGCUCCGUGCCUCCGGCGAUGUGGAUACGCGGUCCCUGCCACCACGGAGGAGUGAUGAAGGGUGCCGUCGCACGGGUUCAGGGGCGCUGCGAUGCCACAGUCCCCCUCACAACAAAGAUGAUAUCGACACGUCCAAUUGCGCAUGUCCGGAAAAACUCACCAUCUACAAGAAGCUGACCUGCGAAGAUCGCCGGAUUGAGCUUUGUCGUACAUUUGGUGAGCGUAGAUUCGAUGCCAUGAUCUACGGCCAACCUGACGCACUCCCACCACCCCACGGAGUCUUUGUUGGCACCGGCCCAGCCUCUGUGGGCGCCGCUGGAGCUGUGAAGAAAACCUACAGACCAAGUUAUAUGAGAGUCGACCCGCGUAUCCAUUGGUCCCACAAUCGCUCCGACAAGUGGUUCGAACAGAAAAUGGAAGAAAUCAAAGCUCGCGGCGGACGGAAAGCGAACUUCGGCAAGGCAGCCCAUCGAAUGAGAAUGCAGAGAAUUGCCACCGAGCGGCGUGAGGCGGAGGACGCGCCGAUGGGAGCGCUUGCAGAAGGCCGGGACCGGAUCCCGCUGGUGCGUAGCAAGCCGACAGAACCAUGGUCACACCACAGACAGAUGGAUUUUGGCGACGUACCAGCACAUGAGCUGACAAGACGAGGUUUCUUUACGGCGCACUCUUCUCUGGGCGCCGGCAAGAUCGAUGACUUUCCGCAAAGCAUCAUUGUCGGAGCCCAGUCAUCCUCGAAACCAUCUGUGCCUGAAGCCAUCUCUUAUGUUCAUCUCCCGGCUUAUGAGGGCGCUUGCACUCGACUUGUAGCUGAGAGGAUUCUUCGUGACUAUCCAUCUAUCAAUGCGAUAAUUCGGUUCGCGGAUGACGGCAGACCACCCCACUCGCUGCAAGUGUUGACAUGGAUGCGAAGGCAAACAGAUCAACGAAUCAAGAAAGCAGAUGGCCUCUCAGAUGUUAAGGGCCUUCUGCGCCUCAGAUUACAGUACAGGGUCGGACUUUUGUCCUCUUCGGUCGACCUGCCUGGUAUUUUCCACUCGUCGUCCGCGACGCCAGCAAGUGAGGGCAUGUUGACCGCUGGACCUCGCGGAAAGCUCCAUGCGAAGGUCGAACAGCAUCUUUCUGGCUGUCAUCGUUACCAACGAUCUGCUAGCUGA